UUUAAAGAAUUCUUACUUUUCUUGUAGGCAUCGUAGAAAUAAAAGUUAAAACAAUAAGCUUUCAGAUGAUUAUAUAAAUUUCUUAUAAGUUGUCAGACAUGGUUGAUAUGAAUAUUUUGAGCUGAAAUAACAAGCUUUCAGAUGGCAAACAUAAUCGCCGAAAACAACGUCAUCUAUGUUAUUAAUCGAUAUGUGGAGCUCAUCUCUAUCAUCUGGCAGAUGUCACCCUGAUGCAGAUUUGAGAUUUUCACCAUUUGCAACGACAAACGCAACAAAUCCAUCCACUGUAGGAAUAAAUCCAAACCCGUGCGGUGGAUCUGGACUUGGACCAGGACCAGGUGUUGGUGGACUCACGGCAGCAAUGCCAUAUCUUAAGCCAGCACCCUAUCUUAUGACAGUGGAUUCAUUGCACAGUAUGGGUUAUCCCACAACAAGUAUGUGCAAUAAUGUACGGAAGCCGAGGCGGGAGAGGACCACCUUUACCAGACCACAAUUAGAUUUGCUAGAGAUGCUGUUCAACAAGACAAGAUAUCCGGAUAUUUUUAUGCGAGAAGAAAUGGCUCUUAAAAUUGCAUUACCCGAGUCGAGAGUUCAGGUCUGGUUCAAAAAUCGGCGAGCAAAAUGUCGCCAGCUGCAGAAACAACAACCAUCAGCCGCUAAUUUGUCCACUUCGGCGAACAGAAACGCGGGUAACAGUGGUAACAAGCCCAUCCCCAAAGAUAGCAAUCGUUUGACAUCAUCAUCGUCCUCGUCGUCGUUGUCGUCCACAUCGAUGACGACGACGACACCAGCAGCAUACAACAGUAGCGGCAACAGUGGCAACAUUUUGGGCAAUCUCACAAGGUCGGGAUUGCUUUCAUCUUUUGUAAAAGUCGCCGAGGAUAAUCAUCAUCAUGUUGGAAAAGUUCGUCCUGUGGCAACAAACAAAUUGAAGGACAUUGAUUCAAAUAUUGGCUAUAGUGACAAACUCGGUACAAUGUCCACCACUGCACAUAUCAGUUCCUUAACAGAAACCCCUUCGCCAAGGGGAGAUGCAUUGCCCCUGCCGCAUACUGCUUCUCCAAUUUAUACCAAAUCGUCCCAAAGUACCAAUUAUCAUGGGACAGGGAAUUUCCAACCUGGGGUUGCCACACCAUAUUGCAGCAACAAUUCAAUUUGGUCACCAGCCUCCAUAGAAGCAAACAUGUCAUCACCCUCAUUGGAUUCACGAGCCUCUGCAUGGAGUCCAGCUUCAGUAGUUGCGGCGGCUGUAUCAUCACCUACAAAUUCCUAUCAAAACUAUCCAGGAUACUAUUCAAGUGUGGAUUAUGCUGGAGCUGCUGAUAAUGUAAUCGAAUCAGGCUGGAUGAGACCCCGAGAAGAAAAUUGGUUUUGUGCUGGUGGAAAUUCAACACCUAAUUGGGAUAGUAUACAACGAAGUAAUAAAUAA